AUGUUUUCUUUUUCCCCUUUGCUCUUUGUGCAUGCGGAACUCUCUUCCAGUGGUGCCAUGAAGAUAUACCCUCAUUUGUUUGUCUCCGUCACCCCUGCGGUGGCUGCCCCCGUCGUUGUUUCCCAAUCUCACGAUUACGUGUGGGCGGACCGAGAACGGCAUGCGGACGCAAAGAACACGUGGAUUGUUAUGCUCAACUGUUGUUUUCGGUGGAGCACUCGGUUUUGCACGUGUCGCUCUUUUUUUUGCUUUUUUUUGCUCCCGGUUUAUGGGUGCGUGACGGGGAUAAUGGUGUUUCACAUCGUUUUUGCUUCAAAUGAUUGGAUACGACUUGCCUCUGUGCAGGCUGCACUGCGUGUCUCCUCUUUCUUGGAUUGGCACCACAAUUAG